CAGCAGUGUCGGCGGAGCAGCGAGGAUGCUGAGAGAGAUGCUCUGAUCUUCCAGCUCUCCCCCGUGAGCGCGCUCGCGCGCGGCGGUGCAGAGAUGCGCAUGUGACGACGAAAACGAAGACGCAGUUUCUCUCUUUCACACUCUGCCACCAAGGCACACAGAAGAUCUCCCCCCUCAGUGGACAUUUGCACAUCGAUCAGAUCUGCAUACACCAAGUCUGCUCGGAUUUAACCUCGCGGAGUGCCGGCUCUGGCCCAGGCUGCAGCCAUGCCUCUCCUGGAAGAGACCACUCUGCCACAAGAGCACCCACCCACCGUCCCUGUGGUCAUCAUAGGCAACGGGCCAUCGGGUAUUUGUUUGUCCUACCUGCUGAGUGGAUACAAGCCGUACUUAGACCCAGCAACUGUCCACCCAAACCCAAUAUUAUACAGGAAACUACAGGACACCAAGCAUCUACCCAUUACCGAACAGGAUCUGGAAUAUCUGAGUGAAGGUCUUGAGGGGAGGUCAAGUAAUCCGGUGGCUGUGCUUUUCGACACACUCCUGCAUCCUAAUGCUGACUUUGGCUACAAAUUCCCUUCUGUCCUUCAGUGGAGGAGGGACAAGCAGCAACACAUCCCACAUCUGGUUCUGGGCAGGGGAACACCUGGGGGUGCUUGGCAUGCAAUGGAAGGCUCCAUGCUGACUAUUAGUCUUGGCAUCUGGAUGGAGCUCCCCGGGGUCAACUACAAAGACUUGACCAACGGGAAACGCAGGGAUGUAACCAGUGACAGAGCCACACCAGAGGAGAUCUCAUCCUAUUACUGUAACUAUGUAAAGCUAAAGGGUCUUCAAAAGAACUUUGUUGACAACACCUACGUGACCUCCAUCCAGAAACUCUACCGGGGGCAUGAGGGAAAAGGUCUUGAAAACGGUCACACUCAUCAAGGAGAUGGAGGGGUGGGAGAUGGAGUGAAUGAGAGCUUUGAGGGAAAUGGAAAAGUGUGCGUAAUGAGUGGAGGAGGGGGGGCUCUCUGGGAAGUAAGGGGAUACCAGCAGGUGCAGAACGACACUCACGUCCCUUUCUGCCUGUUUGCUGAAAAUGUAGUCCUGGCCACCGGUGCUUCCGACUCACCAGUUCGACUGGGUGUAGAGGGGGAGGAUCUGCCUUUUGUGUCCCACAGUAUCUCAGACCUAGGCUUGGCAGUUAGCCAGAGGAAACUGGAUAAGAACUCCGAUCCCGUUCUAAUCGUGGGUGCUGGUUUAAGCGCUGCCGAUGCAGUUCUGUGUGCUUGCAACAGCAACAUUCGAGUGUUGCAUGUUUUUCGCAAGAGAAUCGACGACUCAGACCUCAUCUUUAAGCAGCUUCCCAAGACACUGUACCCAGAGUACCACAAAGUCUACAACAUGAUGUGCUCUCAGGCUUACACAAACGUGGCUCCCUCUUCUGUUUCUAACAGACCCCAGGCAGUUAGUAUUGCCUCUUCAGUAUGUGCCAAGAUGUGCCCAAAGCCUCAGCUUGCUGCGGGUAAUGUGGCUGGUAACGCUAGUAUCAACCUGUUUCCUGACUACACCAGUUUCCCCGAACACUGUGUGGUGUCCUUCCAGUCUGACAUGAAGUGUUUGCUGCAGGGAAACAACUCCCUCAAGGCAUUCAAGAUCUCCAUGGUCCUGGUUCUGAUUGGGACCAACCCAGACUUAUUUUUCUUGAAGGGGCAAGGCCAGUACCUGGGUCAGGAUCCAACAAGACCCAUCUCCUGCAAGCAAAAUCCAAUAGAUAUCGACCCCUACACUUUCGAGUGCACCAAGGAGCCAGGUCUGUUUGCCAUGGGGCCACUGGUGGGUGACAACUUUGUUCGCUUUUUGAAGGGUGGCGCGUUAGGCAUCGCCUCCUGUCUGCUGAAGAGACUCAAGAAGAAAGGGAAGCUCAUCAGCAACGGAGGAAACAACAUAAUGUGAAAACACGAUGAGGAAAAGAGUUUGACACGUUGAUCUUAGGGCACACAUUUCAAACCCUUUUACCAUGAUAUAAAAGGUGAGGAGAAACUUUUAAUAUAUUUUCUUCAUUAAUGCAGUGUUUUCUCA